AUGGAGGGGAUCGAGCACCGGACUGUACGAGUCAACGGCAUCGACAUGCACGUGGCGGAGAAAGGGCCGGAUGCUGGCGCCGGCACCUCCGUGGUGCUCUUCCUCCACGGCUUCCCGGAGCUCUGGCAUCCCACCGUUAAACCCGUGGACGGCAUGCGCGCCUUCUUUGGUGAAGAUUACUAUAUGUGCAGAUUUCAGGAACCCGGCAAAAUUGAGUCCGAAAUGAGUGCGUACGGAGCUAAAGCCGUUAUCAAGAAUAUCCUCACAGACCGUAAGCCGGGCCCACCUUGUCUACCCAAGGAAAACCCGUUCGGGUCCAAAACCGACCAGGACAUUGAAUUGCCUCAUUGGCUCACCCAACAAGACCUCGACUAUUACGCACAAAAAUACGACCAGAAGGGCUUCACCGGAGGACUCAAUUACUACCGAGCACUAGACUUGAAUUGGGAGCUGACGUCAGCAUGGACAGGGGCAAAAGUGAAAGUCCCGGUGAAAUUCAUCGUGGGGGACCUCGACAUGGUGUACACGACUCCAGGAGUGAAGGAAUACGUGCACGGUGGGGCCUUCAAAAACGACGUGCCCCUUUUGGAGGAAUGUGUCGUCAUGGCAGAUACAGGGCACUUUAUCAACCAAGAAAGAGCUCAAGAGGUAAAUGCUUUGAUUCGGGAUUUUAUCGCCAAGUUUUGA